AUGGACACCGUAGAAUCCGUCUACUCUGCUCUGCUCGCUCGGGAAGCUAUUCGUGCGAUGUCAGGACACCCGCCACGUUCCCGAAAGUAUUAUCUGGAACGAGCCAUUUUAGACCCACAAGAUUGUAUGCAAACUCGAAUUUCUCCUGGUCUCGACACAUACAAGAAGAUUCUAGAUGGAACAUGGGAGAGAAAAUUGGCAGCACGAGGCUUUACUGAAUUGAUGGAGUACUUAUGCGUUGUCCUCAUCCAAGAUUCUGCCUUCAUGUUUGAGCAUUUGCCACCUAGGAUCAAGAAUCAUGCUGCAUUUGGGGAUCGGUUCCAACAGUAUCGCACGCAGGUUUUGGCUAGAGCGCAGACAUCUCAACACUCCAUGGAGAUGCAACUUCCAGUUGCUAUGCCCCUACUCUCCCAACAAAACCGAACGCAUCAGUAA